GGAUCAUGCGCUCCCACAUAUAAAAUAAGCUGACACCAUAAAUUUCAGGUCAGAGAAUGAGCGAAUUCCAGACGCGAGAUAGUUAUUCAAAUAACUGGACCUGCCAGUCCGACAUCCUAGAUUUUAAUUUCUUUUGGUGUCCAGGUGUUUUAUAGUAAUAAAAAUGGCCACGUCUUCCAGUGCUCAGUUGAGUAAAGUGGUCAAACAGCAGUAUAUGGAACUACCUCAGGGAGACCAAGUACAAGCCAUGUAUGUCUGGAUAGAUGGAACCGGAGAAGGACUGCGCUGCAAGACCAGAACGCUGGACUCGGAGCCCAAAAGCAUUGAAGAUCUUCCUGAGUGGAACUUUGAUGGUUCCAGUACCUAUCAAUCUGAAGGUUCCAACAGCGACAUGUAUCUCAUCCCCUCUGCCAUGUUCAGGGAUCCUUUCCGCAAAGACCCCAACAAACUGGUCUUGUGUGAGGUGCUCAAAUACAACGGGAAGCCUGCUGAAACCAACCACCGUCAUACAUGUAAAGAGAUCAUGGAAAUGGUAGACCAUCACAUCCCUUGGUUUGGCAUGGAGCAGGAGUACACUAUCCUGGGCACAGAUGGACAUCCAUUUGGUUGGCCCUCCAAUGGCUUCCCUGGUCCCCAAGGACCCUAUUACUGUGGAGUUGGCGCAGACAAGGCCUAUGGUAGAGAUAUUGUGGAGGCACACUAUAGAGCCUGCCUGUAUGCUGGUGUGAAGAUCUGUGGAACCAAUGCUGAAGUCAUGCCAGCUCAGUGGGAGUUCCAGAUUGGUCCAUGUGAAGGCAUUAACAUGGGAGAUCACUUAUGGGUAGCUCGUUUCAUCUUGCACAGAGUCUGUGAAGACUUUGGUGUGGUAGCCUCUUUUGACCCCAAGCCAAUCCCAGGAAACUGGAAUGGUGCUGGUUGCCACACUAACUUUAGCACCAAGGAAAUGCGGGAAGAGGGUGGGCUAAAAUUCAUUGAAGAUAGUAUUGACAAGCUUGGAAAGAGGCACAACUACCACAUCCGUGCCUAUGAUCCAAAGGGAGGCCUGGACAAUGCUCGGAGACUGACUGGCCACCAUGAAACCUCCAACAUCCAUGAGUUCUCUGCAGGCGUGGCCAACCGUGGUGCUAGUAUCCGCAUCCCACGAACCGUGGGACAAGAGAAGAAAGGCUACUUUGAGGAUCGUCGCCCAUCUGCCAACUGCGAUCCCUAUGCGGUCACCGAGGCCAUGAUUCGCACAUGUUUGCUUGAUGAAGAGGGUGAUGAACCUGUGGACUACUAGAUUAAAUCUCUUUUCUCCUGGACUGAGCCCCCCCACCCCCCCAUAUUUUAAUACUGUAUUUUGCUGUUUUCUAUCAGGGUGGUUCUAACCUGGAAUUUUAAUAGCUAUAAAGUUGACUGGUCAACUUUAACAUUUUAAGAUUAAAUCUGAAGUUAACUGUCUUACUGGGGAUAUGGUUGUUGCAGGGCAUGUCUGACCCCUUCCUCUGUUAUUUUUGUUGUCAUUUUCUGGGGAGUGGAUGUUUAAGGUUGGCAUUAACCUCUCUAAAUGAUCUCAUGGCCCUAACUUUCUGGGGGUAGUUAAGAUGGACUGAAACGUGCAUUAAGUGCACACUAAGAACCUAGGGCUGCAAAGGCAACGCGUGUAAUUUCUUUAACCAAUAGCUAGUUCUUGUGUCUGUUGACUUGAUUAAAGUAUGUGUUUCAAUGUUACUUACUAAAGUGUAUUAAAUGGCACAUUUUGUACCCAUUUUUAUUGUACACACUGUUCGUGUUGUGCAGUACACUUUACAGUUGAGGUCCAAUAACUGUCCUGUUUUUAUACUUGUGAAUCUGGUAUUGUCAUGUUAAAUUCACUAAGGAUUUUGGUCCUGUUUGUCUAUGACAUAAUUGCACCUGUUUUGUUAAACCUGAUGUUGCUAAAAAAAAAAAAAAAAAAUUGAGACUUAAAUUUUUUUUUACCACA